CAUUGCAGGUCAUUAUUAUGCCACAAGCAUCUUCACAAAAGGAGCAGGACACUUCAAGUCAAGCUCCUGGGAUGAAUAAUCGUGUUUUUGGCAGGGCUCCUAAAACCACUACUCUAGCUCAAAAUCGGCAUCCUCGGGCUCCAAGACAGCAUCCUCAGACUCGUCCUCAAGCUUCACAGCGUCUUCCCGAGACUCGAUUCCGUAGAGCUGCAGCAGAGAGUGCAUACCAAAAGAUCCAUGCUUGCAAGCUGGUGGAGCAGACCCGGAAUUUGUACAUGUAUGAGGAAGGUUCACUCAUUGAAUCAUUCCUUUCUGCUGAGGAGAAGAUCAUUCAGGAGGGUGCAUCAUCCUCAUGGCAGCAUUCUGCAGAUUCUGGAAUCUGCUCCAAUGACACUGCUUCGUCCCAGUCUUCGGUCGAGCCGCGGAAGCGGGCAAAGUACCCUGUAGUGACACAAAGCGGCAAGGACAAUAAAUCGUCGGCUCGACAUGCCGUCGCCUGGAACCUCCGUACUCCUGCCAUGAAUGUAGCAACAGGUGCAUCCUCCCUCAUCCCAGCCUUGUCAUCUCAUGGGUCAUUGCAGGAAGGUACCAAGCACAAGAAGGUGGAGGAGGAAGGAAGGGCCAAGGUGGGGAAAGAAAGGGGAGUUGCUCGUGGAAAAGAUACACUGAUGCAACAACAUCAACUUGCACCAAAAAAGAAAAUUGAUGAGCAACUAAAGAAGGCAAAGCAAAAGCGAGAAAUGGUGAUGAAGGAGAAUGUGAAGCCCUCCAAUUCCAAGGCAAAGGAAGAUUAUGGGACAAUGUCACAAAUGGGAAAGAUGGUGGGGAGCAAGAUGACCUCGAAACAGCUUGCCCCUCUUGGAAGCCUUCAACGUCCCAACAUCGCAAAAGAGCUGCAGACGGACGACGAGGCUUCGACCCCGUUGCUACCCGCUGCUUCUCUGAACAGAGGUGCUCUUGAUGCAACUUUCGAUGUCGAGGAGAAGAAGAAGCCAGGCACGAAAGCCAUCCCAAGGUAUCCCCACGUCGCUUCCGGAGUCCAGAGUCGGAUGGUGAUGCGGAACGGCGACGAAGUGGUGAUAUCGACCACCCCGAGGGCGGUGGCCACCGUGCACCUCCACGCUGCACCUUCCCGUAGGGUGCAGCUGGUGGUGCAGGCUGGUGAUGCAGUGGUCAUAUCAACUACCACAGGAGCUGUGAAUACCUUGUCCAAGACCGACUACCUCACGUCCACGCCUACUUCGAUCCUGGGCCGUCGCGUGGUUCUGACACCCGAAGUCGCCUCGAAGAUCCCCGUGGCUCAGAACCGAGGAUCGGGAAGGAGGCGCAGGAUGUCUCAAUUCUCUCCCGAGGAGACCAUAGCCAUGACUCCUGCUCGUGUGAAUGACUACGGUUUGGAUCAUUUAGCUUACACGGCAAACGAUGAGACUCCGGAGGAAGACCCAGAUGCUCCAUCAAAAUGUAUUCCAAAUUGGGCCAAGAGCAGAAAGUACCUCAAGACGAGAGCAUUGGAUUCCUUCAAGAUACACGAGGUGCAUCCCCAAAAAUGUCGUCAACCGAAGCUGAAGCGCCUCUUCCCCGGCUACGAAUGCCACGGAAAGCCGCGUGGGACGUCGGCAGCCUGGAGUUCUCCGCUCUGGGACGACUCCAUCGGCGAGUCCGCUGAUGUCUCGAGCACCCCGUCCGUUGGGAAGCUCAGAUGAGUGAUCCUAAUCAUUUUUGCAUUCUCUUCUUGAUUUAUUGAUUUUUAUUUAUUUUCUGAGACCUGUGUGCUUUUUAUUUUCUCUAGUCCUAUGGAUUUUUUUAUGGUGUGUAUUUUUGUAUUUUAG